AUGGGCCAUGAAUUGCAGCCAACAGAUUGGGGAUGGGAAGAAAAAGAAAAUGAUUCUUUAGAACCCAUUCGGAUUCUUGGACCCCCAGCUCCAGAUAAGUUAUUGCGGACAAUUUUUUGUUCUUGUAAGAAGGCUUGUAGUAAGAAAUAUCCAUUUGAAGAAUCUGGUAACGACUAUACAAUUUCAACUGGUAUUCCUUCUGCUAUAAAUAAAUCGUCUGAUAUCGCUGAACCGAAAUUUGAAAAGAAACUGAAAAUAAAAGUUUUAUUGAAGAGGGAUCAGAAUAAACAAGUUGAGAAUGAAGUUGACACUUUAGGAAAUUAUUGGCUUGCAGCGGAAGGCGAAAAUACAACUGCUGAUAAAGACCCAUACUUUGAACAAUUUUGUAUUCCUGUGGAUAAAGAUAAUACAAGUAGUAAGAAUUCCUACAUCCCGUGUGCUGUAAAAUCGACUGAUAUCUCUGAAGCCAAAAUUGAACGAAACUUAAGAGAAACUUAA